AUGUCAACGAAGAUUACCAGGUCAACCGACUCCUUGAAGGUGUUGAAGUCAAAACUCAAGGGUCUUCGAGCGUCGUUAAACAACAUUAGUCAGUUCGUUAGGUAUUAUAAAGAGGGUACAACAGCUAGUCAGGUUAAUGUCCGCCUCGAACGUAUAGAUUUGUUGUGGGAGCAAAUUAGUGAGACUUCUUGGGAAAUCGAAUCGCAUGAGGACUACGAAGAGCAAGAAGGUGUCGAAAAUGAGCAAUUGGAGUUCGAGAAUCGCUACUACGAUGCGAAAUCGUUCUUGAUGGAGAAGGCCAAGAAGUUCCAGGAAGAAUCAGCAUUAAACCAGUCAACACGGAGUGCAGACGCCGCUAGUACACAUGGUUCAAUGGACCGUGUACGCCUGCCGCAAAUCAAGCUGCAGACUUUCGACGGAGACAUCGAUGACUGGCUGAGUUUCAGGGAUCUCUACACGUCCUUGAUCCAUGAGAAGGCAGAACUUCCAGAUGUGGAGAAAUUUCACUAUUUGAAAGGAUGCUUAGCAGGCGAAGCUAAGGCGCUAGUAGAUCCGCUAAAGAUAACUAGCGUCAAUUAUAAAAUAGCUUGGGAGUCGUUGCUAAAACGUUUCAAUAACAGUCAGUUACUAAAGAGGAAACAGGUACAAGCGCUGGUCAAACUACCUUCACUCGCAUUCGACCGUGCGAUUCAGAUAUUGGAUCAAGUCAUCGAACCAGCCGAAUAUAAGGAUUUGCUGCUGGUAGAACUGCUGAGUUCUCGUCUGGAUCCAGUCACUCGACGUGGAUGGGAGGAACACACGUCCGCUAAGGAGCAAGAUACUCUACAGGACUUGCAGGAGUUCCUACAACGGAGAAUUCAAAUCCUCGAGUCUCUACCAGCGAAGGCAGAACUCAAAAACGAGCCGCAACAACCCAAACGGAAGUCGUUUUCACCGAAGGUCAACCACAACGCCGUACAAUGGAAUACCGCUAAUUGCCCAUCGUGUACAGAGGUUCAUGGACUACAUACGUGUCCAGCCUUCCUGAAAAUGUCGCUGUCCAGCAGGGAGUCGUUUCUACGAGCACAGUCACUCUGCCGAAACUGUCUCAAGCGAGGACAUCUAGCUCGAGAUUGCUCGUCAAAGUUCUCGUGUCGCAACUGCAAGGCUCGACACCACACACUGCUGUGCUUCAAGGACGAAGGAAGAAGCAGUAGGAAUGGAUCACCCGAGAAAACCAAUUCGGGUAAUAGUGGCAACCGGAACGACUCGAGUUCUGAUCCCAAGGCAGUGAAUGCAGCAUCGAUCGAGACAGCAUCGUCAAACACGGCGCAGCUUCCGACAUCGCAGGUACUUCUGGCUACAGCAGUUGUUGUGAUCGAGGACAGCCAGGGUUCUCGCUAUCCGGCACGUGGGCUAUUAGAUUCCGGGUCGGAAUGCAACUUCAUUUCUGAAAGUCUGAGUCAGUUGAUGAAGGUUGCUAGCCAGAAGGUCGAUAUUUCAAUAUUGGGCAUCGGACAAUCCGGAACGAGUGUCAAGCGAAAGAUUCAAGCCGUCGUCAAGUCUCGAGUCUCGUCGUACUCUAGACCGAUGGAUUUUCUCGUCUUGCCGAAGGUCACAGCUUGUCUGCCUACUUCUACAGUGCAGGCAAAUGGAUGGGACAUACCGGCAGACAUCGAACUGGCAGAUCCAGAAUUCUUCCGCUCGAGAGAGGUCGACUUGGUCAUGGGCAUCCAAGCUUUCUUCAGCUUCUUCCCAUCCGGAAGGGAGGUUCCACUGGGAACCGGUAUGCCAGUACUCACCGAAUCAGUUUUCGGAUGGAUAGUGACAGGCGAGGUCGCUACAUCAAAUCAUGGUGCGAGAUAUUCAUGCAACAUGUCGGUAUCGAGCAAUCUGGAGGAGCUAAUGGCACGGUUUUGGUCCUACGAGGAAGUGGGAGCCGUCAGCAAGUUAUCUCCGGACGAGACGCGCUGCGAAGAGCAAUUCGAGCGCACAGUCGAACGGAAUUCGGAUGGCCGAUACAGCGUUACUCUCCCUAAGAACGACAAUGUUUUAGCGGAACUAGGCAAAUCGAGAGACAUCGCGCUACGACGUCUUCGAGCUGUGGAACGGCGACUGGAAAAGAAUCCAGACCUUCAGAAGCAAUAUUUCAACUUCAUGACCGAAUAUUUCGAGCUCGGUCACAUGAGAAGAGUGGACGAUAAUGAGGAGGGGACAGUCAAACGAUGUUUCCUGCCACAUCAUCCUGUAAUCAAGGAGUCAAGCACCACGACCAAGGUAAGUGUGGUCUUCGAUGCUUCGUGUAAGACGUCUUCUGGGAUUUCGCUGAACGAUGCCAUCUAUGCUGACCCUGUGGUACAACAGGACUUACGGUCAAUUUUUCUCCGCAGUCGUACACGUCAGGUGAUGGUUGUAGCCGACGUUGAGAAGAUGUUCCGACAGAUUUGGACGAACUUGAUCGACACUCCUCUUCAAUGCGUUCUUUGGUUGGGAACCGAUGGAAGCGUUGUAGCGUAUGAAUUGCUGACGGUGACAUAUGGCACAAAAUCAGCACCGUAUCUGGCAACUCGUACGUUGAAGCAGCUGGCAAACGACGUCGAAUCUGCGGUCGAAUUGAGGCGACAAAUCGACGCAAUGAUGAACAGUGGAGGAUUCAAGCUGCGAAAAUGGGCCUCCAACUGUCCCACUGUUCUUGAAGACAUUCCGAAGGAGAAUUUGGCGCUACCGGAUUCUAAUGGGAUCGACUUGGACCAGGAUGCAGAGGUAAAAACAUUGGGUUUGACCUGGCUUCCCAACGUGGACUGUUUCAAGUUCUCGUUCACGAUUCCAUCACUAACGGAUGACCAGAUCCUAACGAAGCGACAAGUGCUCUGCUUCAUUGCGAGAUUAUUUGAUCCACUGGGACUGCUCGGUGCGACGAUCACAGCAGCGAAAAUAUUCAUGCAAAGGCUCUGGUGUUUGAAGGGCGAACACGGGCAAUGUCUGCAAUGGGAUGACCCACUACCUGGAACGGUGGGUGAGGAAUGCGAGCUGAACCUAGCCGAAUGUGCGAUCAUCCGGAAGGUGCAAGCGGAAUCAUUUUCGGAGGAGAUCAAGCAUCUAUCAUCAGGCCUCCCGUUCGUCGAAAUUCUCCCUUGCGAUGGUUUAACCCUCGAAUCGAUGAAAACGGUAUCCUGCGAGUUGGUGGUAGACUAG